UGAUGGCCACCUGGUUUUGCUCUUGCAAUGAAGAAAGGUUCUGAACACAAGCUCCCGAAAGCAAAGAUGCUGCAGUCGUCCCAUUUCCCUGGGUCAUCAUCUCUUACGUCCAAUAUGCGAUCUAGGUCACUUUCACCUUUAAUUGGAUCUGAGACUCCACCUUUUGGUGCCCCGGCUUUGCUUACAGAUGAAAACACCAUGCUUUUGGAGUCCCAGCCCCAUAAAGGAGCUGAUUCAUAUGUAGGAGUUCGGUAUAUUACAGAGGCCCUCAUCAAGAAACUCACUAAACACGACAAUUUGGCCUUGGUAAAAUCUCUGAACCUUUCACUUUCUAAAGAUGGCGGCAAGAAGUUUAGGUACAUUGAAAAUUUGGAAAAGUGUGUUAAACUUGAAGUACUAAAUCUCAGCUACAAUCUAAUAGCAAAGAUUGAGAAAGUGGACAAGCUGUUACGAUUACGUGAACUCAACCUAUCGUAUAACAAAAUCAGUAAAAUUGAAGGGCUUGAAAACAUGUGUAACCUGCAAAAGCUAAACCUAGCAGGGAAUGAAAUCGAGCAUAUUCCAGUGUGGUUUGCAAAGAAGUUGAAAUCUUUGCGAGUUCUCAAUCUGAAAGGCAAUAAGAUAUCAUCGCUCCAGGAUGUCAGCAAGUUGAAGCCGCUUCAGGAUUUGACUUCUCUAAUCCUCAGUGAAAAUCCACUUGUGGCCCUUCCUCAUUACCUCCAGUUUACCGUUUUCCAUCUCCGGUCCCUGGAAAGUUUGGAAGGUCAGCCAGUAACCACUCAGGAUAGACAGGAGGCUUUCGAGAGAUUCAGUUUAGAUGAGGUAGAAAGACUGGAAAAAGACCUGGAAAAGAAGAUGGUAGAAACAGAAGAGCUUAAGAACAAACAAAAAAAGUUUCUUGAGGAAAUAAAAAAUCAAGACAAACUAAACAAGUCAUUAAAAGAAGAGGCCAUGUUACAAAAACAGAGCUGUGAGGAGCUGGAAAUCGACCUCAACACAAAAACGGAAUUGCUAAAGCAGAAAACGAUGGCACUAACGCGAGCAUGUCAGAAGCAGUAUGAGCUGGAGCAGGAGCUGGCCUUCUACAAGAUUGAUGCUAAGUUUGAGCCGUUAAAUUAUUACCCAUCAGAGUAUGCUGAAAUUGACAAAUCCCCAGAUGAAAGCCCUUACAUUGGCAAAUCCAGAUACAAGAGAAAUAUGUUUGCCACCAAGACUUACAUUGUCAGCGAUGCCCAGGUAGUUGAGAUCAAGAGGAUGAUGCCAGAAGACGGACAGCUUAGACAUGAGUGCACGCCCCUGAGAGACCAUGCGCCACCGGAUGUACAACUAGAAGACACAGAAAAAAAAAUAAGUGCAGCACAAAUUCGACUGUCAGAACUACAUCGUGAAAUAGAAACAGCAGAACAGAAAAUAUUACAGGCUACUCAAGAGUUUAAGCAACUGGAAGAAGCUAUACAACAAAAAAAGAUUUCAGAAGCAGAGAAAGACCUUCUUCUCAAGCAGUUGAGUGGUAGAAUACAACUUCUAAACAAAUUACGCCAGGAAGCUCUGGAUCUAGAAAUGCAGAUGGAAAAGCAAAGAAAAGGAAUUGCUGAAAAGCAUGAGGAGAUCAACAGCCUGCAGCUAGCCACAGACAGCCUGGAUUCCAAAGAGCCAACACAUUCCCAUAUGAAAGCCCAGACGAGGGGUAAAGAACAACAGCUAGACAUUAUGAACAAGCAGUACACACAGCUGGAAAGCCGCCUGGAUGAGAUACUCUCUAGAAUUGCUAAAGAGACCGAGGACAUCAAAGACCUUGAACAGCAGCUUACCGAUGGCCAGAUAGCAGCGAACGAAGCUCUGAAGAAGGAUUUGGAAGGUGUCAUCAGUGGACUGCAAGAGUACCUGGGGACCAUCAAAGGCCAGGCAGCUCAGGCCCAGAGUGAGUGCAGGAAACUGCAGGAUGAGAAAGAGACAUUGCUGCAGAGACUGACAGAAGUCAAGCAGGAGAGGGAUGAACUUGAAAUAGUUGCCAUAGAUGCAGAAAAUAUGAGGAAGGAGCUUGCAGAGCUAGAAAGUGCCCUCCAGGAACAGCAUGAGGUAAAUGCAUCCCUGCAGCAAGCCCAGGGAGAUCUCAGCGCCUAUGAAGCUGAGCUAGAGACUCAGCUAAAACUAAAAGAUGCUGAAACCAGCCAGCUCAAGCAGGAGUUGGAGAAACUCCGCAGGCUUACUCAGCUAGAGCAAUCGGCACUUCACACAGAACUGGAGAAAGAAAGACAGUCCCUCAGGGAUGCCCUGGGCAAAGCCCAGUCCUCAGAAGAGAAGCAACAGGAGAACAGUGAGCUCCGUGCACAGCUUAAGCAGCUGCAGGAUGACAAUGACCUAUUAAAGCAGCAGCUGAAGGAUUUCCAGAAUCACCUCAACCAUGUGGUUGAUGGUCUGAUUCAUCCAGAGGAAGUAGCAGCUCGUGUAGACGAGCUGAGGAGAAAGUUGAAACUAGGAGCUGGGGAAAUGAGAAUCCAUAGUCCUUCAGACAUCUUAGGGAAAAGUCUUGCUGAUCUGCAGAAACAGUUCAGUGAAAUCCUUGCACGAUCCCAGUGGGAAAAAGAGGAAGCACAAGGCAGAGAGAGGAAGCUCCAUGAAGAAAUGGCUCUCCAGCAAGAGACACUGGCAAGUGGACAAGAGGAGUUCAAGCAGGCCUGUGAAAGAGCACUUGAAGCCAGAAUUAAGUUUGAUAAAAGGCAGCAUAAUGCAAGAAUCCAGCAAUUAGAAAAUGAAAUUCACUAUUUGCAAGAGAACCUAAAAAGUAUGGAAGAAAUCCAAGGCCUUACAGACCUCCAGCUUCAGGAAGCAGACGAAGAGAAGGAAAGAAUUCUGGCUCAACUCCAGGAGUUAGAGAAGAAGAAGAAGCAUGAAGAUGCUAAGUCUCAGGAGCAGUUUCUUGGUUUGGAUAAAGAACUGAAGAGUCUGAAGAAAGCUGUGGCUGCUUCUGAUAAACUAGCUGCAGCUGAGCUCACCAUUGCUAAAGACCAGCUCAAGUCCCUGCAUGGGACAGUUAUGAGAAUUAAUCAGGAGCGAGCAGAGGAGCUACAGGAGGCAGAGAAGUUGAGCAGAAAGGCCACGCAAGCAGCCAGGGACCUGACCCGAGCUGAGGCGGAGAUCGAGCUGCUACAACACCUUCUCAGGGGGAGAGAGGGGCAGUUCCGAAUGGAGAUGGAGAAUGCAGACCUAGGCUCUAAAGGAGCAAACUCACAGCUGCUAGAGAUCGAGGCCCUGAACGAGGCCAUGGCGAAGCAAAGGGCUGAAAUCACAAGGCUUCGGGAUGUGCUGAGCCUCAAAGGGACUGAUAAAAAAGGAGGCAUUGACAGCGUCCUAGAGGAGAUUGCUGAGCUCCGGCAUGAAGUUUCUGCUCAGAACGAGUACAUCAGCAGCAUGGCAGAUCCCUUCAGAGGACAAGGCUGUUGGUAUUUUAUGCCACCACCACCAUCAUCAUCAAAAGUUUCCAGCCAUAGUUCCCAGGCCACCAAGGACUCUGGUUUGGGUCUAAAGUAUACAGCCUCUACUCCUCUUAGAAAACAGCAUCCUGAACAUCAAGAAAAGAAGGACAGCAGUGGACCUCUGCCUUCUUCGGGAUACUGGGUCUAUUCACCCAUCAGACAUAGGCUGCUUAGAGAAGAUGCAGACAGUGGAGGAGAUAGCCAGGAAGAGAGUAGACUGGAUGACCAAGAAGAACCCUUAUUUGUGCCUCCUCCUGGAUAUGUAAUGUAUACUGUGCUUCCUGAUGGUUCUCCUGUACCCCAGGGAAUGGCCCUAUAUGCACCAUCGCCUCCUUUGCCCAACAACAGCCAACCUCUGGCUCCUGGCACUGUGGUUUAUGGCCCACCUCCUGCUGGGGCUCCCAUCAUAUAUGGACCUCCUCCCGCCAACUUUGCUGUUCCCUAUAUCCAUGUGGGUGUGCAGCAUUGUAGCAUCCCAGAGCACCAUAACCUGGAGAAGGAGGUGUCUAGACUGGAAGACAUACUGCAGCACUUAAAACUGAGGCCAAGGGAAGACCGGUGGCUGAAAGCAUCCAGGCAGCAGUCUGAGGAAGAAGCGGAGGAGCUGCAGCACAACAUAGGUGAUCUUCUGCAAGAGAAGAAAGAAUUAGAACAUGAAGUACAAGAAUUGCACAGAACCAUCCAGAAACAUCAACAACGAAAGGACUUCAUUGAUGGAAAUGUUGAGACUCUUAUGACUGAACUGGAAAUGGAGAAAUCUCUCAAACAUCAUGAGGAUAUUGUAGAUGAGAUUGAAUGCAUAGAGAAGACUCUCCUGAGACGCCGCUCGGAGCUCAGGGAAGCCGACCGACUUCUGGCAGAAGCCGAGAGUGAACUUGAGUGCACUAAGGAGAAGACAAAGAAUGCAGUUGAAAAGUUCACUGAUGCCAAGAGAAAUUUGUUACAAACCGAAUCAGAUGCUGAGGCUUUAGAAAAGAGAGCCCAGGAGACUGCACUUAACCUUGUGAAAGCUGAGCAGCAACUAAGAUUACUCCAGGCUGAUGCAGAGGACUUGGAGCAGCACAAAAUCAAACAAGAAGAAAUCUUGAAAGAAAUAAACAAAGUUGUAGCAGCCAAAGAUGCAGACUUCCAGUGUCUAAACCAGAAGAAGGGAAAACUGACAGAAGAGCUUCAGAGUCUGCAGAGAGACAUCGAGACGGCGGAGCACAAUGAGGGUCACCACCUGCAGGUCCUUAAAGAAUCUGAGAGUCUUCUUCAGGCCAAGAAGACUGAGCUAGAAACACUGAGAAGCCAGGUGACAAGCCAGCAGCAGGAGCUGGCUGUCCUAGACACACAGCUGGCGCAAAGAAGGGAGGAGCUGCUUCUCCUCCAGGACAGCCUGGUCCAGGCAAAAGCUGACCUCCAGGAAGCCCUGACACUAGGAGAGACAGAAGUAGCUGAGAAGUGCAGUCACAUUAGGGAAGUAAAAUCACUUCUGGAAGAACUGAGUUUUCAGAAAGGAGAACUGAAUGUCCACAUCAGUGAGAAGAAGAGUCAGCUUGCACUUGUAAAGCAGGAGGUGGAGAAAGAGGAAGGGAAUCUUCAGGCAGUUUUACGGCAGCUAUCCAAACACAAGACUGAACUGAAGAAUGUCGCAGACCUACUGCAGCUUGAAAACAGUGAGCUACAAGGUCUGAAGCUACAGCAUGACCAAAAGGUGACGGAGCUGGAGAAGACUCAGGUGGACCUGCUGGAGGAGAAAAUGGAGCUGGAGAAUUUGCAGCAGAGCGCUCAGCAGCAGAGAAGGGAAAUAGAGUGGCAGAAGCAGCUCCUGGAGAGGGGCCGGCGGGACCUGGAGCGAAUGAGGGCCGAGAGCCAGGCACUGCAGUCCUGCAUUGAAUGCUUGAGUAAAGAAAAGGAAGAUCUCCAGCAGCAGUGUGAGAGCUGGGAGAAGAAGUCUUCCCACGCCAAAAGAGUUUUAGCAGCUGCAGAAGAAAGCAACAAAGCGGAGCAGUCACACUUAGGGAAGCUGGAACUUCAUGUCAGAAAGCUACAGCAGGAGCUGGAGCACCUGAGCCAAGACAAGCUCGCCCUGCACGGCGACAUCUCCACUGUGCAGCAGCAGCUCCAAGAUAAACGGGAAGCUAUAAACUCCCUACAGGAGGAACUAGAUAAUACCCAAGACCAUUUGAACCUAGCGAAGCAGGACCUGCUGCACACCACCAAGUGCCAGAAUGCCCUGCUCAGCGAGCAGGCGCAGCUGCAAAAGGACGUCAGCAAAUGGAUUGCCAGGUUUGAGAGCUGCCAGAAAGAGACGGAGACAAAAGAACAGCAACUCCAGGAGCUUCAGAACGAGAUUAGAGACAGCAAGCUCCAGCUAGACCAGCAGGAAACGAUGUUUCAAAAACUGCAGAAAGAGAGAGAAAGUGAGGAACAGAAGUUGGAGGCUGGUAAAGUGACACUGAAGCAGCAGCAGGAGCAGCUGGAGAAGGAGCUGGCAGACCACAAGAGCAGGCUGGAGCAGCUGCUCGCAGAUGUGUCGGCAGCCGAGGGACGCCUCAGGACCCUGCAGGAAGAGGAGCGGGCCACCGAGAGCCUGGAGAAGACCCUGUCCCAGGCCAAACAGCAGCUUUCAGAACGGGAGCAGCAGCUGGUGGAAAAGUCAAGUGAGCUGCUGGCCCUGCAGAAAGAGGCUGAUGCCAUGAGGGCCGACUUCAGCCUACUACGAAACCAGUUCUUAACAGAAAGGAAAAAGGCGGAGAAGCAGGUGGCUGGCCUGAAGGAAGCACUGAAGAUCCAGCGGAGCCAGCUGGAGAAAAACCUUCUGGAGCAGAAGCAGGAGAACAGCUGCAUGCAGAAGGAGAUGGCCACAAUUGAACUGGUAGCCCAGGACAACCACGAGCGGGCCAGGCGCCUCAUGAAGGAGCUCAGCCAGAUGCAGCACGAGUACCUGGCGCUCAAGAAACAGAUGGCAAGCCAAAAAGAUCUGGAAAGAAGGCAACUGGAAAUCAGUGAUGCAAUGAGGACACUUAAGUCUGAGGUCAAAGAUGAAAUCAGAACCAGUCUGAAGAAUCUCAACCAGUUUCUUCCAGAACUACCAGCAGAUCUAGCAGCUGUUUUGGAAAGAAAUGAAAACUUAGGAGAGCUGGAAAGCUUGAAAGAGAACUUACCAUUCACCACAAGUGAGAGAAUUUUUGAAGAAAAAUCCAACUUUCCCCAAGUUCACAUCAUGGAUGAACACUGGCGUGGAGAAGCACUCCGUGAGAGACUGCGCCACCGUGAAGAUCGACUCAAGGCUCAGCUUCGGCACUGUAUGUCUAAGCAAGCCGAAGUAUUAAUCAAAGGAAAGCGGCAGACAGAGGGCACCUUACACAGCCUGAGGAGACAAGUCGAUGCUUUAGGAGAACUGGUCACUAGUACCUCUGUAGACUCAAUGUCAUCACCAAGUUUGUCUCAUCUGGAAUCUUCCCUUAUGGAGGACUUGCAACUUGGACAAAGUCAGAGCUCCUUCCAAGUUCUACAAGGUCCAUCAGAAGCAAACAGUUAUCACCACUGAGUUUCCUGCUCACAGGAAAAGAAGCUCCAGCUGUGUAAACAUAGAGGAAAUAGCUACUCUCCUACCUCACUGACUUCCUAGUUGGAAUGUCAAUGUUAUUAUCAAGAUCCUGUGAAUGAAGACUGAAAUGUACUGCAGUUUGUACCGUUUACAGUGAGGUUUCUGUACUUCACAUGAACAUGUGGGACUACACGUGUUAUCUCUAACCCAGGAAGUAAGGGGCUGUUUUGACUUUUGUCCUCCAAUCUUGGAGUAUUUUUAUAAAGCCAGUGAAAUUUUAACCACAGUGAGUCCAUAACUGGUAUUGUUACCAUGAAAAAGAAUAUACUAAAAGCCCCCCUAGGUUUAGUAAGUUUUUAGAUUCUGAUCAAAAGUCUAUUUUUAAUAUGAAAAUAAAAGGUACAGUCAACUUGGGUCUGUAAUCUGACUUUACAUUUCACAGGACAUCCUUCAGUAAGCCAUCAGGUUACCUUUACUCCCAGACAAUGACAAUCUUCCAGCUGUUUCUUCCCAUUUCUUUAACCCGGUCUACUUAGCAACUGAGUGCUUCUUUCUUCAGAAGUAUCUAUUAAAAACCAUUAGACUUAGGUUGCUUUUCCUUAGCCUACUAAAAUAGUAAUUCUUUGGUGGGAAACGUCAAGACUAUACUCUGGAGACCCAGCUCUGAUGGUAAGUGUGUGUUACAGUAAACCUUUAAGCACUCUGACAGCUCAACUGACUGAUCCAUCUCUUUAGAAACAAGCAGCUGUCACAGCUGUGUGGCUCUUAACAAUUCUAAUGAUGGUGUUGACUAGACAGCCUUUUGAGCCACAAUCAACAUUGUACCAUGUCUGCACAGCACAGCCCAACAGCCCCUCACCGUAAGGGUUAUAUUCUCAUAAAGCUAUCUGGCUGGAGUUGAACCACUAACAUACAGGAUAUGCAUAAUUACAAGAGACAAGGGAAGUCACACCACUUACUGCACAUUACCUAGAAGGCAUGUAUGUACCUCCACCAUGAGACUUGUCUUUUGUAUUCCUAUUUUUUCACUUCACAUUUU